AUGAGACCUUACAUAUGUUGCCCUUGUGAAGAAUUCGGCCGCCAUUGACACAGGACAUAUCGCUCAGCCUUCCAUGUCCUUGAUUAAGCGUCAAAACAAAGGCUUCUCGGGCGACCAGUUCCCUGUCGUCCGUGGGCAUGACAACCAGGUGUACAGGGCGAUUACAUCUCAGUGUCUAAUGGCAAUGAUGCAACAUGUAUCGCCUGGAUUUCAGUAGCGCAAUCUGAUGGUAGCUCGCCUAAAAAUACUGCUUGGACUGGCGACAUUGGGUAUCAGUGCGGUAACAACUGGUAUUACGGCAACUAAGGUGCUGGUGAACUUCCGGACAAGACUACAUACCGUCCUCGUUGCUCGUGGCUGGUUCGAUGAUGACCAUACCAAUGGUUGCCCUUAUGCUUCACUGAAGUUUUUCGUCAACGCUUACAGUACAGAAGUUCAAAACACAUAUCAUCAAGAUCUCUCCUGCUCUGCGACUAUCUUUGGGCCUGAUACCGGUCCAAUCAGUGGCGUUCCCAAUUACUCGCCUAAGGUCAAGCGAUCGGGACCGUCUGUCAACCAAGCUCCUGCUACUAGGAGACCGUGGAUGCGGAAGCGUCUAAUUGUUUCCAAUCUCACAAAUCAGACAGCCGAAGAUCUUUGCGGUUCUGCGACCAGUUGGGGUCCUGACUUCGUAGGAUCGGAUGGGAAGUUCUGCGACAUGUCCACGAAGAAGGUGUCUCCGCUUUGCUCGAAUGAGCACGUUGAGGGCUGCGUCGAGAUGAACCAAGAUCGCUCGGUGAUCACCAAGAGAUCCAUUACUCGACGCACUGUUGAAACUACCAAGACUUAUGAUGUGGUAUCUACCUGGGGGAACGAGCAAGAGUGACGGUAUCGAGUUGAAUUCUAUGAGAGAUGACGUUGUUGCAUCUUGAGCAGGACGGUCUGAUUGCACACGUGGUAUGAUAGUAUGGCUUAUUAUCGAGAUAACUCUGCAAGAUCCAUUGCCGAUAUCCUUGUGGCCCUGUCUAUUGUGGUAUCGUGAUGCAUUUUUUUUUGUCUUGCAAUAUCAGUCUCAAAGGCCCUCAAUAUGCUCAAACACUAUGGCGAGCUGUCAGCGAUGCGCUGUUGACGUUCAUGCUGUUUGGGAGUGGUCCACUCGAUAGUAACGACG